GAGAGGGUGGGUGGGUCCGAGAACAUCUGCUGCGUCCUUUUUUUUCCUGUUCUCGUCGUCGGCGUUUGUGCAGCAGCUCGUCCGUCCGUUCGCCGCUGCCGUGGCUGUCAUAGCUGCCAAAUUCUUCUCUUUCUCUGUUCUGUUUCGCAUCACCAGAUACUUCUUCCUCGAGUCGGGGGUACCCAUUCUUCCCUCACGUCGUCCGUCCGUCACUGCAGAGCGCCAUUCAGCUUGUGAGUUCUCCUUCUCCCCUGUUCGCAUCGUCUCUGCACUGGUGUGGAGGUGGAACAGGAUAGGAUGACAUGGGUGAAGGGAAAAAGAUUUCUAGCUGUUGGAUAAACACCAUAUCAACUUCCCCCUGCCACUGCACUGUCUGUCUAGUCCCCACCACACCGUUGGUGUUGACUGGCAACAUCAGGCCAUCAAAUGGGCAGCCUUCACCAGCAGCACUCUCACUUCCUGUAAAUUAAUAGGGUUUGUUUUUUCUGCCUGUCUCCUGUGAGGUGUUUAUCCUACUAAAGAUCCUUUUUUGGGUUGGGAAUUUAAUGCAAAAAGAAACAGUUUGGGAAUUUAUUGCAAAAAGAGACUUUUUAUUUUUUUUAUUAUCAAAGAAAAGAAGGCGAUUUUCUAGGUUUUAUUAGUGCAAUCUUUCUCGCCUAAACUUGUUUGUGUGUUUGUCAAUUUCUCUUUGCAAAAGUUCAGCUUCUCUCUUCUUGUGUACAUGCAUGUUUCUUGUGCCCUUUGACCAUGAGCCAAUUUGCUAAGCUCUAUUAAUGAAAUGCUUCUUGCACAUAAUUGGUUUGCUUUUGUCAAUUCCAUUGCUGGCAGUUACUUUUGUCCUUUGAUGGUAAGACUGCAAUUAACUUCAUAGAGAGUGAAAUGCAUUUGGACAAGUCUAGUUAUUGCUUGCCUUCUUUCAAUUUGUUGAUUUAAUUUUAACCUUUUUUUUAUGGGAUUUACAACGGUGAUAAUUAGGUGGGAAGCUUGUUUGUCAGGGCACAAAGAAGCAAGCUCGUAGGCAUAUGUCCUGCUACCGAAUGAAUUUUCUGUUUUUAUGUGUGUAACUUUGAAGGUUUAAUGUACAUGCCCAAGCAACGAACUGCUUAUGUUUGGUUGAUGGAUUUUAUUUGAUUAUUAUACAUAAAAUUAUUUGUAGAGUGUCAUCUUGGAAUGAGUCCUACUUUACUUCCUAAGCAUGUUGCUGCUGUUGUAAGAUCUCAAAAGGACCCACUUAAAGCGCUUGAAAUGUUCAACUCAGUGAAAAAGGAAGAUGGAUUCAAGCACACAUUAUUAACUUACAAAUGCAUGGUUGAAAAACUUGGAUUGCACGGGGAAUUUGAGGCAAUGGAGAAUCUUCUUUCGGAGAUGAGAUUGAAUAUUGAUAACAGCUUAUUGGAGGGGGUGUAUAUUGGUGCUAUGAAGAACUAUGGGAAGAAAGGGAACGUUCAGGAAGCUGUUAACAUAUUUGAGCAGAUGGACUUCUACAAUUGUGAGCCAUCUGUUCAAUCAUUUAAUGUGAUUAUGAAUAUACUGGUCGAGCAAGGGUAUUUCAAUCAAGCCCACAAGGUGUACUUGAGAAUGAGAGAUAAAGGGAUUGCUCCUGAUGUGUACACCUUUACCAUAAGGAUAAAGUCCUUCUGUAGGACAAGCAGGCCUCAUGCUGCUCUGAGGCUACUCAAUAACAUGCCUUCCCAAGGGACUGAUUGCAAUGCAGUAGCAUAUUGCACAGCCAUUGCUGGAUUUUAUGCAUGCAAUCAUCCAGUUGAGGCAUAUGAAUUGUUUCAUAAAAUGCUCACUCAAUAUUUAUGUCCUGAUAUAGCUACAUUCAAUAAGCUUAUUCAUUCACUUUGUAAGAAGGGUAAUGUCCUAGAAAGUGAGAAACUUCUGGACAAGGUUUUAAAGAGGGGGAUUUCUCCUAAUUUGUUCACUUUCAAUAUUUUUGUUCAAGGACUAUGCAGGGAAGGUUCUCUUAGCAGGGCGGUCAAAUUAUUUGAUAGUGUGUCUAGGGAAGGUCUAGUUCCUGAUGUUGUAACCUACAAUACAUUAAUCUGUGGAUUGUGUAAAAACUUAAGGGUUGUCGAAGCUGAGAGGUAUUUGCACAAAAUGGUUAAUGAUGGAUUUGAGCCUGAUGGCUUCACAUAUAAUAGUAUUAUUGAUGGAUACUGCAAGGCUGGGAUGGUACAAACUGCAAAGAAUGUUUUGAAGGAUGCAAUCUUCAAGGGAUUUGUGGCUGAUGAGUUUUCUUAUUGUUCCUUAAUUAAUAAAUUAUGCCAGGAUGGUGAGAUAGAUCAUGCCAUGGCUGUUCUUAAAGAUGCGUUCGGAAAAGGUAUAAGGCCUAGCAUUAUUGUCUACAAUACAUUAGUCAAAGGGCUAUCUCAGCUGGGUCUUAUUUUGCCAGCUUUGCAACUGAUGAAUGAGAUGUCAGAAAAUGGUUGCCACCCCAAUAUAUGGACGUAUAAUUUAGUUAUAAACGGCUUGUGCAAGAUGGGUUGUGUAUCUGAUGCCAGUAAACUUAUGAACGAUGCUAUUGCUGAUGGGUGUCUUCCAGACAUAUUUACCUACAAUACUUUGAUUGAUGGCUAUUGUAAACAGUUGAAGUUAGAUGAUGCAAUUGAUAUGGUGGAUAGAAUGUGGAGUCAAGGUGUGACUCCUGAUGCUAUCACGUAUAACACUAUAUUGAAUGGGCUUUGUAAGGCCGCAAAAUAUGAAGACGUAAUGGAGACUUUCAAAACAAUGUUGGAGAAGGAUUGUAUUCCUAACAUUAUUACAUACAACAUACUCAUAGAAAGCCUUUGCAAAGCUAAGAAACUAAAUGAAGCUUUGGAUUUGUUUAGGGAAAUGAAAAGCAAGGGUUUGACUCCUGACACAGUGAGUUUGGGAACAUUGAUCAAUGGGUUCUGUGAGAUUGGUGAUCUAGGUGGAGCUUACCAGUUUUUCAGGACAGAAAACCAACACAAGAUUUUUCAGACGACAGCAAUAUAUGAUAUAUUGAUUAAUGCAUAUUCUGAAAAGCUUGAUAUGAAUACAGCAGAAAAUCUGUUUACAGAGAUGAAUGAGAAUGGAUGUGAUCCAGGUAGCUAUACUUAUCAGGUCAUGAUUGAUGGUUUCUGCAAGACCGGAAAUGUUACUGCUGGAUACAAUUUUCUGUUAGAGAAGAUUAAGAAGGGGUUCAUUCCAUCACUGCCAACAUUCGGACGGGUUCUAAAUUGUCUUUGUGUGGAGCAUCGGAUCCGUGAGGCUGUUGGCAUCAUCCACCUUAUGGUAGCCAAGGGUAUUGUCCCAGAUACUGUUAAUGCAAUUUUUGAAGCUGACAAAAAGGAGGUAGCAGCACCUAAGAUCGUUGUGGAAGACUUGUUGAAGAAGGGCUGUAUAACUUAUUAUGCCUAUGAGCUGCUAUAUGACGGGGUUAGAGAUAAGAAGACACUUAAGAAAAAUCCCCCAACCAUGAAUUCACAUAAAUCAGGGGCGAGGCUAUCAGCUGUUGACUAAAAUAUGUGGAAAAUGUGUGUAAGACUUCCUGAUCUGCAACUUGGCUCCCAGGAUAGGGGAUCUUGCAGUGGAUGCAUAUAAAAAUGGACUUCCUAGAAUCUGAAACUGAACUUUAAGGGAUAGCACAGAGGGAUUUCAAAUUUGAACUUAAGACUGUAAGUUACUCUAGUCAAGGCAUUUCUUAUAUCUUUAAGUCUGCAUUUUAAGAAACAGUUGAAGUUCAUAUUCACUUAGCAGAUUGGAACAUUGCUGAAUGUUCUGUAGUCCCAGCUUUUUACAUUUGGCUGGGGAAACAAUGAAUUAAGCAUCUACAACGAGUCCUUUAUGACUAUGUCAAGAUCUGAUUAGUUAAAAUGAAACAUGACAAGGGAAUUAGGCAAUACCUAUUCAAGGAAGUGGAACGUGGUUUUUUGUAUAUCUGUUGGGAAAUUUGGAACUUGAGAAUUAAAAAAAGUCUUUAGUACUGAAGAGGCUGAUCUGUGUUCUGAUACAAAGAGAGUCUUGCAAAGGGUAAUGGCGGAUGCUCAAUACAUGGCUCAUUCUAGCAAUAGAAGAGAGAUGAGAGGAUCUGUUUGUCGAACUCAGGACGCUGCUGGGGAGUGGAUUGCUCUACAUACUGGUGGAUCGGCUCAGCUGAACAGUCUUAGUGCCUGUGAUGGUGUUGUGAAGAGAAUAAAUGGAACCUGGAUGGUCGGUUUCUGCAGCAACUUACCCCCUUGCCCACCAGCUAUUACAGAAUUGUAUGGUCUCAUGAAAGGACUAGAAUUAUGUUGAGAGAGAGGACUUCGAAAGAUAAAAGUUACUCCGACUGUACAGAAGUAAUCUAUCUUAUUAUGCGGGUGGAGGACAAAAACAAAUCAGGCACAAAAAAAAGUUGUUAAAAGCGAUGCCCAAAAUCCUCAUCAAUGUGAAUCAUGAGACACCGUGUCAAAAGAGAGGCGUGGAAACCCAAUCAAGAACAAGGCAUGUGUUGAUGAUCUCCAGCUACACACAACUGUAUGGUAAUGACCAUGCCCUUCAGAAUUAGUUUUAUAUUACACUACAAGAACGGUGGAGUUUGUAGAAUUUGACUUUAUACUCUUGAGAGUGGUGUCAGUGCAUAUUUGGUACAUGGAAAAAGUUUCUUAGAAAGGAAAUAAAGAAUGUAUUAUGGGGGGUGGGGGGAAGGGAUAAGUGCAUGUAUCGUUUUCUUUCUAUAAAAUAUUUUUAUAUCUACUAGACAUUGCAAAACUCUGCUGACAGUGGAAGCAAGAUUCUCUUGUGAUUAUCAUAAAGAAUCUUUUUUUCUUAAUUUAGCUUAAGCUUGUUUCUUUUACCGUUUAAACAGCCCUGUAAGUAAUGGCAUUUCCACCAAUGCACAAUAUGAACAUAUAAGCUUUCAAGGCAUGGGGGUUUAGGGAAAUGGAGGAUUUAUUUUUUGCU